GUAGCCAUCUUGGAUGUGCGGAGUGAUUGUUUAGCGAGAAGAAUUGACAUUUUUUUUAAAGGAAAUAACCCUUCGUGGUGAAUCGCUGAAGAUUUAGCGGAGUGUGGCGACUGAGGAAAGCACUCGCACCUCGGAAAAAUCCAGUGAAAGAAGGCAUGAAGACAUCAUCCUAGUCAUCAGUCAUGGCCGAUAAAAGGAAACUCCAAGGUGAAAUAGAUCGAUGUCUGAAAAAAGUAGCGGAGGGAGUGGAGCAGUUUGAGGAUAUUUGGCAAAAGCUUCACAAUGCAGCCAACACAAACCAGAAGGAGAAAUAUGAAGCAGACCUCAAGAAAGAGAUUAAAAAGCUACAGCGUCUUCGAGACCAGAUCAAGACGUGGGUGGCAUCAAACGAGAUCAAAGACAAAAGGCAGCUAGUAGACAACCGCAAACUCAUAGAAACGCAAAUGGAGCGAUUCAAGGUAGUGGAAAGAGAAACCAAGACGAAAGCAUACUCUAAAGAAGGGCUCGGUCUGGCACAGAAGGUGGACCCAGCUCAGAGGGAGAAGGAGGAGGUCGGCACGUGGCUAACGAAUACGAUAGACACUCUGAACAUGCAGGUGGACCAGUUUGAGAGCGAAGUGGAGUCUCUCUCAGUCCAGACGAGAAAAAAGAAAGGAGACAAGGAGAAGCAGGACCGGAUUGAGGAGCUGAAGAAAUUCAUUGAGAGGCAUCGGUACCACAUCCGGAUGCUGGAGACGAUACUGAGGAUGCUGGACAACGACUCUGUGCAGGUGGAAGCCAUCAGGAAGAUCAAGGAUGACGUAGAGUAUUAUAUCGACUCGUCGCAGGAUCCCGACUUUGAGGAGAACGAAUUCCUUUACGACGAUCUGGAUUUGGAGGACAUUCCUCAGUCGCUGGUCGCCACUUCACCUCCGGGGCACUCGCACUUGGAGGACGAGAUCUUCCAGCAGUCCAGCAGCACACCCACCUCCACCACCUCAUCUUCACCCAUCCCCCCGUCGCCUGCUACUUGCACUACAGAGAACUCGGAAGAUGAUAAGAAGAGGGGACGUUCGACAGACAGUGAAGUUAGUCAGUCGCCUGUGAAGAAUGGAAAUCCCUCCUCUUCGUUAUCCUCUUCUUCCUCCUCCUCUGCUUCGUCUUCUGUCUCGGGACUGACCUCAUCUUCAAUGAUCUCUAUGGCGACCAUGGCUGGGGGAGGAAGCAGUAGCUCUGGGGGCAACAGUCAUCACAGCAACUCAGCAGGUCAUCUCACCAACACUUCCGCUGGCAGCUACAGCAACGCCACCCAGCAGCCGCCGCACCCGUCAGCGCAGCAGCAACAGGCCAAAAACUCCGUUAGCUCCUCUUCCUCCACCUCAGCUCCUAUCUCCAACUCCAGCACCUCCACCAACAGCCACCCUGCCUCACUGGCCGCCUCUCCACCCAAUGCCAGCACACAGGAGCUCCGUGCUUCAAAUUCGCAGCCGCAGGCUCCAUCAGGGUCCACGCCAACCUCCAACAGCCUGGGCCUUAGCCUGGGCCUCUCUUUGGGGAAAGGCAUUUCGGGCGCCGUCACCACCAGCCCCAUGUCCGGAGGCCUCGGCCUGUCGGGGAUGCCGGCAUCCCUGACGGGCACCAUGGCAGGCCUUCUGUCCAGUAACACCCCUGCACCCUACGCUCAGGCGGUCGGCUCCAGCUUACCAGGCUCUUUGGGUGGAGUCAGCACAGCAACGACCAACAGUGCUGUAGGCUCCAUCGGCAGCGGGAACAUGACAGUCGGCGGGCCGACAUCCUCGACAGGUCUGCUGGGUGCAGCGCCGGGCGUGGUUGGCUCUGGGAUUCUGGGUUUGGGCUCUAGUCAGUCAGGGGUGCAGGGCUCAUCCUUGGUGUCACCGAGCUCGGUGGGAGGUUUAGCCCCAGGUAGCGGAGUAGGAGUCAUCGGGAGCAACGGAGGCAGCUCGGGAUCAGCAGGGAGUGGAGUAGUAGGAGGAAACUCGCUCCCCGUCCGACCACCGAGCCGACAGAAGCAGAACGGUAGCACUAGUUACAGUGCUGUGGUAGCAGACAACACAGCAGACUCCGCCCUCAACAGUGCCAGCCAAUCGCAAAGCAGCCAACCCUCAUCUUUGACCUCCACAGCCAAUCAGCCUAAGGACACUGGUCCCAGUCUACUGGGCUCUAUGAGUUUGUCGUCCAGCUCUCCAUCCCCGGCCUCUUACAGCGAGGCCAAAACGGUGAGCGGCAGCAACCUGUUGAAUGGGCCAAUGUCCUACUCACAGCAGUCCUCCGACAGCAUCAAGCCCCAAGAGCCUCUGAGCAGCCUCAAGUCCAUGGCCGAGCGAGCAGCAAUGAGCUCAGGGAUCGAGGGAGAUGUGACCUCCCUGCACCUCACCUCAGAAAUAUUCCCCAGCAGCACUACGGCCCCUUCAGGCCCCCCAUCAGGACCUCAGCCCUCGCUGUCAGAAGUCAGCAUCCCCCCAUCGUUGGGGGUGUGUCCGCUGGGCCCGGUUCCCCUGUCCAAAGACCAGGGCUACCAACAGGUCAUGCAGGAGCAGGCGUGGACGCAUAUGCCACACCCAUCCGACUCCGAGAGAAUCAGGUGCACUGUAGAGUUUUACCAGAGGCUUUCCACAGAGACCCUCUUCUUCAUCUUUUACUACCUGGAGGGCACUAAGGCCCAGUAUCUGGCAGCCAAAGCCCUGAAGAAGCAGUCGUGGAGGUUCCACACCAAGUACAUGAUGUGGUUUCAGAGGCACGAAGAACCCAAGACCAUCACUGAUGAGUUUGAGCAGGGAACAUACAUUUACUUUGACUAUGAGAAAUGGGGCCAGCGGAAGAAGGAGGGCUUCACGUUUGAGUACCGGUACCUCGAAGACCGAGACCUCCAGUGACGUGCAGAGAGAAGCGACAGGACUGACAGCUGAGAAAGUGAGAGAUGGACGCAUGGAGAAGGUUGAUCCACCUGCUGACAUUCCUGGAUUUGACCUCAGCUCACUGGGAAAAGGAGACGUGCGGGCCGGAGGGGGGCGGGCGGGUUUCGUCCCUCCUCCUGACCCUCCAAAUCCCGCCUUACCAUCCUCACACCGGCAGUGAUAACCCCUCCCACUCCCAUCAUCUCCUCCUUUCUUCUUUCUAUCUCUUCAUCAGCAGGCCUUUUUUU